AUGGCUGCUUUUUCCCCGAAGCACAGGGGUAACUACCACCUUCGAUCCAUUAGCUUGCCGGUCAGAUCAGAUCGCACCACACUUAGAACUGAAGAAGAGCUGAACAAGCUAAAGAACUGGGAAGCAGAUCAUUGUCUAUCUGCUGAGGCAGUUUCUGCUGGCAUUUCUGGCAUGGGGGCUCUGUAUAGAUGCAUACAGGAUCUUCUAAAUUUGCCACUGACCCAGAAAGCUCUAACCCAACACCAACAUGAGAAAUGGGUCGAUGAGGUAUUGGAUGGAUCAGUGAUCUUCUUGGACAUAUGCAGCAACACUAGGGACUCUCUUUUACUUCUCAAAGAAGAUGUUCGAGAACUUCAAUCUGCUCUUCGCCGAAGAAAGGGUGGGGAUUUCAGCAUUGGAAGCAAUAUUUUUAGUACCUUCGUUUCCUCCAGAAAGAGGAUGAAGAAAGAAACUGCAAAGUCUCUAGCAGCACUGAAGCAAAUUGACAGCAAAUUGGGAGCCUCUCCUCUUCCUGAUUAUCUAAACGCCCACAUUUCUGCCGUGGUUCGAGCACUCAGAAAAACAUGUUUGAUCACCAUUUCGGUCUUCCGAUCACUGCUAUUGUUCCUCUCUGUGCCCGUGCUGAAGCCAAAGAAGCUUACAAAAUGGUCACUGGUUUCAAGACUGGUGCACAGAGGCGUGGUGGCAUGUGAUGGCCAGAGGAUGAUGAGAAUCAGCGAAUUGGAAAGUCUGGAUGUUGCACUUGGCAACCUGUUGGCGCAGAGUUCGAGCAAAGGCAGUGAGAGUGAGAUGAUUCAAUCUGCAAAUAAAAGGCUGGAGGCAUUGGAAGGAAGCAUUGAAGGUCUAGAAAAUGCUCUGGAGUGCUUGUUUAAGAACUUGAUCAACACAAGGGUCUCCUUCCUCAACAUUCUUUCUCAGUAG